AUGUUGAAUUUUAUUAGAUGCCUUUUUUCAUCUAUUGAGAUGAUCAUGUGCUUUUGUCUUUUUUUUGUUGAUGUGGUGUAUCACAUUGAUGUUUGUAUCCUUGUCCCAAGGACUAUCCUUUGUCUCAAGGAUGAAUCCAACUUGAUUGUGGUACAUGAUCUUUGUUGGAUUCAGCUUGUUAAUAUUUUGUCGAGAAUUUCUGUGUCUAUAUUCUUCAAAGAUAUUGGCCUGUACUUGAUUGUGGUACAUGAUCUUUGUUGGAUUCAGCUUGUUAAUAUUUUGUCGAGAAUUUCUGUGUCUGGAUUCUUCAAAGAUAUUGGCCUGUAA